AUAUACAUAUUGUGGUAAAAUUUAUAUCACAUCCAAAACAAUCAAGCAGCUCAUAAAAAUUCAAAAUCAUUGAGCAAUGGAAGCUGGUGGACUUUUUCUGCUGGUCUUAUCAGCCCUUUUCCUCUCAGGAGCUAACUCAGCAACAUUCACAAUCAAAAACAAUUGUCCAUACACUAUAUGGCCAGCUACUCUGACUGGUGGUGGAGGCUCACAAUCAGCUUCCACCGGUUUUGAGCUAGCCUCCAAAGCUUCAUCCACUGUUAAAAUCUCUGCUCCAUGGAGUGGUAGAUUCUGGGCCAGAACAGAAUGUUCAACCAGAGAUGGCAAAUUUACUUGUGCUACUGGUGAUUGUGCAUCUGGUCAGUUAUCAUGCAAUGGAGCCGGUGGAAUCCCUCCAGUUACUCUUGUGGAAUACACUCUUGCAACUGAUGGUGGAAAAGAUUUCUAUGAUGUUAGCCUUGUUGAUGGUUUCAAUCUACCGGUUUCGGUAACACCACAAGGAGGUGCAGAGGACUGUCGAUCAACUAGCUGCCCUGCUAAUGUGAACAAAGUUUGUCCUAACAAUUUUGCAGUUAAAGGGUCAAAGGGAGAUGUGAUUGCUUGCAAGAGUGCAUGUUUGGCCUUUAAUCAACCUCGGUAUUGUUGUAGUGGAGAUUUUGCUUCACCUGAUAAGUGUCCACCAACAAGUUAUUCAAAGAUUUUUAAGACACAAUGCCCUCAAGCUUAUAGCUAUGCUUUUGAUGAUAAAACUAGCACCUUUACUUGCUCUGGUGGAGCAAAUUACUUAAUCACAUUUUGCCCCUGAACUGAUGUUGAUCAGAUAGAAAUCCAUCUAGAUUAGCCUGGGAAAUUCGCCAGUUAAUUAUCAUAUUUUUUAUUAUAUUAAAUGAAUAAUGCACAUAUGAAUGCAUUAAUAAAUCUUUGUGUAACAAUCAACAAAAGAUAUAUAAUUAUGAGAUUAUUUUGUA